AUGGAGGGGCUUGACGCGGCUGCCAGCGCUGUUGCCAUUAUUGAGUUGUCCUUCAAAGUCAUAUCACUAUGUCUCCGAUACGCCAAGGACGUAAAAAACGCGAAGAAUGACAUUGACGAGCUGCACGAAGAGGUGAAGGAGCUGCAACGCGUCGUUGAAAAUGCCAAAAAGCUCGACAGUCAGCUGGGUUCAAGGCUCAAAACCUCGCGAGAUUUGGAUCGAACACUUCAGUCCAGUUUCGGAUUACUUUCCCAGCUGGAAAAGACUCUUCAACCUUCUUCAACUUCCAAAGCCAUGACGCGAAUGGGUAUCAGGGCAUUGAAAUGGCCGUUUCAGAAAAGUGAUCUGGACCGCGUCAUUCAAAGCGUCAGGCAAUGCUCACAUCGGGUUGGACUCGCGCUACAACUGGACCAAACUGGCAUACUACUUGACGUUGAUUCCAAGACUGACAAAGUGGUCAAUACUGUGGAAAGCAUGGAUCAACGGCGAGUUCUGGACACGUUACCUAUUGCCAUGGGAGCAUGGUACAACUCUCACGCGGAAGAGCAUAACAGCAUAUGCUUGGAGAAUACUCGAGUCGAGUUGCUUCAAGAAAUCGAUUCUUGGGUGAAUAGCCAUCUAGCCCAGACCAUAUUUUGGUUGAGUGGGAUGGCUGGCACUGGAAAAUCGACUGUAUCCCGCACCGUGGCGACAAGUUCAGCCAAACGAAACAUUCUUGGUGCCAGCUUCCUAUUCAAAAGGGCCUGAUCUCGCCCCGCACAUAAAAUCCGCCAUCGAUGACGAUCCAUCUCUUACAGGAAAGGCAGCAGGAGAGCAGUUUG